UCAUAGACGGGUUAACCAAACUAAACAAAACUGACAGGACAGGGCUAAUUUGUAAUUACUUCAUUCCAAACGACGUGGUUUUAUCUCGGGGACAGAAAACCUAAUUGGCGCCUUUGUCAUUGUUGUAUUUCAGUUUCUGCCUCCUCGUCCCCGCCUCCCCCUUUUUCUCUCUCGGUCCGGUGCCUGAACCCCGCAGCGGCAGCACUCCUCCCCUCUCCUAUUUUCUUCGUCGCCACCGACCCUCCGUUGUUCCGUACUUCGUUAUCGUCUUUCGUCGGCCAUCUCCUUCUUCCAAAAUCUCAGUCUCACUGUUCUUCUAUCAAGCUCGUGCGCCAUAAGAAGAAAGCAACCUUUGCACCAAAUUCGUAAGUGCUGGCGUUCCUUCUCUCUUUCUACUCUCAUCGUGCUCGCCAUUGACUCUUUCUCAUUGUUGAAUGCUUGUUUGCCCUUAUUCUGUUGUUAAGAUAGAAAGCUUAGGUUCGUGGAACAUUAUGUACUUGUUGAUUAUUAGUUUGUACUCGAGUGAUACGCAAUGAAGUUGUGAUUAAUAGGGGGUUUCGUAAACCGGUAAAUGAUAUUUAGAGUUUGUUGAAAGCUUGAUUUUGAGUUAAUUGAACCAAUUAGCUUUGUUUUGAUUUAGAUUUCGUAGACUAUUAUCAACCAGGUUGUGAUGGCUGAUGACAAAGUUUUUUUAUGCUCCUCUGCAGGAUCUUUCUUUAGAAACUAGCUAUGAAUUACCGAUUUCAAAAUCUGCUUGGAGCUCCUUACCGGGGAGGGAAUGCCACAGUCACUCAGAAUACUCAGCUAAUCUCUUCAGUUGGAAACCGUGUUUCUAUCACAGACCUCUUGAAGUCCCAAACCAUUACACUUCCCUUCCAAUCGUCCUCGAACAUACGCCGGCUUGCAGCCUCACCCGACGGUACAUUCCUCCUAACCGUCGACGAGAACAACCGUGCUCAGUUUGUUAACAUUCCAGCCCGGGUAUCCCUUCAUUGUAUACAUUUCAAGCAUGGGGCUGUACACGCUGUCCAAUUCAGUCCUGAUGGUAAAUAUAUCGCGGUGGCUACUGGCAAAUUAGUUGAAAUCUGGUUGUCUCCUGGCUUUAAGAAGGAACCCUUUGCCUUCCACUUGGUGAGGACCCUUGCAGAUUGUGAGGCUACAGUCACGGCAUUGGAAUGGAGUUUAGAUUCUAAAUAUCUGCUUGUUGGCUCUAAGGAUUUAACUGCAAGACUCUUUUUUGCUGAGAGGCUGAGGGAAGGUGCAAUGAAUAAGCCAUAUUUGUUUUUAGGACACAGAGAUACUGUUGUUGGUUGUUUCUUUAAGUACAGUAAGAAUAGUAAUACCCCAAACAGAGCUUACACCGUUACACGCGAUGGUUACAUAUUCAGUUGGGGUUAUGGUGGCCUUGAUGGUGCUGCAGAUAAUGAUAAGCUCCAGGAUGAUGAGCCUCUUUCCCCAGGAACACCAGAGAGAGGCGGGGAAGAAAUUUUGAGUGAUGGAACUGAAAUUAAUGCGAAGAAAAGAAAGAACCAUGAUUUGAAAGGGACUGACCCUUCUUUGAAAGAGUACUUGCAUAAAGGGAAAUGGGAGUUGCUUCGGAAAGAUGGAUUUAUGCAAUCACCAGCAAAAGUCACUGCAUGUGAUUACCAUAGGGUAUUGGAUAUGGUUGUAGUGGGAUUUUCCAGUGGUGUUUUUGGGUUAUAUCAGAUGCCAGAUUUUGUUUGCAUCCACCUAUUGUCAAUAUCAAGGGAGAAGAUCACCACAGCUGUGUUUAAUGAGAUUGGUAAUUGGUUAACUUUUGGGUGUGCGAAGUUGGGGCAAUUGCUGGUAUGGGAGUGGAGAUCCGAGAGUUAUGUGUUGAAGCAACAGGGUCAUUAUUUUGAUGUCAACUGUUUGGCUUAUUCACCAGAUUCUCAGUUGUUGGCUACUGGAGCAGAUGAUAACAAAGUCAAGGUGUGGACUGUUUCGUCGGGGUUUUGCUUUGUAACGUUCUCAGAGCACACCAAUGCUGUUACUGCCCUUCAUUUUAUGUCCAAUAAUCACUGCCUGUUAAGUGCAUCUCUAGAUGGAACUGUACGUGCAUGGGAUUUAUUCCGCUAUCGGAAUUUUAGGACAUUUACUACUCCGUCAUCAAGACAAUUCGUGUCUUUGGCAGCAGAUGAAAGUGGUGAAGUAAUUUGUGCAGGGACACUAGAUUCCUUUGAGAUAUUUGUUUGGUCAAUGAAGACUGGGCGUUUGUUGGAUGUGCUCAGUGGUCAUGAAGGUCCUGUUCAUGGGUUGAUGUUUUCUCCAACAAGCGCAAUCUUGGCAUCAUCUUCCUGGGACAAAACUGUUCGCUUGUGGGAUAUUUUUGAAGGAAAAGGCGCUGUUGAAACGUUCUCUCACACACAUGAUGUUCUGACGGUAGUUUAUCGUCCAGAUGGGAAGCAAUUGGCUUGCAGCACAUUAGAUGGUCAAAUUCAUUUCUGGGAUCCAAUUGAUGGCUCUCUAAUGUACACCAUUGAAGGUCGAAGGGAUAUUGCUGGAGGCCGCCUCAUGACUGAUCGCAGAUCAGCUGCUAAUUCAACAGCAGGGAAAUGCUUCACAACUUUAAGCUUCUCUGCUGAUGGGAGUUACAUUUUGGCUGGUGGAAAUAGCAAAUACAUAUGCAUGUAUGAUAUUGCUGAUCAGGUUCUCUUGCGCCGGUUUCAAAUAACUUUUAAUCUUUCGAUGGAUGGAGUGCAUGACUUCCUGAACUCCAAGAAAAUGACUGAUGCUGGUCCACUCGAUUUGAUUGAUGAUGAGGAUAGUGAUGCAGAGGAAGGUGUUGAUAUACAAACUCGGGGCAAGUUGGGUGGUGAUUUACCUGGGGCCACCCAAAAUCGAGGAAGGCCUAUAAUUCGAACAAAAUCCCUUAGGAUUGCACACACAGGGCGAAGCUUUGCCGCUGCAACAACUGAAGGGGUUCUAGUUUAUUCAGUUGAUGAAUCUUUCAUAUUCGACCCCACUGAUCUCGACAUUGAUGUGACACCAGAGGCGGUUAACCAGGCACUGAUUGAAAAUCAACCAAGCAGGGGUCUAAUCCUCAGCCUACGACUGAAUGAAGAUUCGCUGAUUAAAAAAUGUGUAUUUGCUGUAAGCCCCGCAGAUGUAGCAACUGUUGUGUCAUCGAUUCCUCAUAGAUACCUACAGAGGUUAAUAGAUGUGUUUGCUGAUCUCUUGGAAAGCUGUCCUCAUCUGGAGUUUAUACUUAAUUGGUGUCAGGAGCUAUGCAAAGCUCAUGGUAACUCGAUCCAACAGCAGUCCAGAAACCUCCUUCCCGCUUUAAAAUUCUUGCAGAAGGCCAUCACCAGAAUACAUCAGGAUUUGGCUGAUACAUGUUCUUCCAAUGAAUAUAUGCUUAAAUAUUUGUGCUCUACAACCACAAGCAAGUGAAGUGUACUGUCAUAUUUGGUCGGGAACACAGUUUUAGCAGCAUGAGUGUGGAGCUGAAGGUAUGAUGCACUUUGGAGCAACAACUGAAGGAAACCAGUAAAUGCGACGAGGAUGGAAGCAUGAAAAAAAGAGGUUAUCAAUUUUUUUCUUCUGCCUUUUCUGUUUUCCAAGUUGGGCCGAAACUCCUUCUGUUGUAUCAAUGUCCCAUAGCAGGUCAUGCAAAAUUAUUAUUAGAAAAACAUGAUAAGAGGUUAACAAUUGUGAGAAGUGACUUUGGUCCCUCGACCUCCCACCAAAUUUUUUUAUUAUUAGAAAAAUUAUAUGUUGUAAGCCUCCUCCCGAUUAUGGGAUUAAUAUCAGUAAAAUUGUUAUUAGAAAAACAUGAUAUUCGAUAAAAGUUUGCAAGGUAAAAGUAGAUAAAGUUUCUUUUAACCCUACAAAGAAUAUAUGUAAUUCCUAAAUUACAAUAGAUGUAAAAGUAGGGCUACAUACAAGCAUACAUGUCUCUCACAAAAAAAAAAAAAAAAAAAAAAGCUCUUUCACCACUCUCGUGAGAGCCCAAAACGUGACCGCUUUGCUGUAUCUCUGUAUGCAAAUCCUAUUUACACAAAACCAAUGAGACCAGCAAAGGAACAACUAAAUGCUUUGGUUCCCAUGAGAGUUCGAAGGCUGAAAAACUUGCAAAGACUACUGUACUUAAAGUGUAAUGGUGGCCCAUCUUUUUUGACUUAUUACAAAGAAAUUAAUGUAUGCUUAAUUAUUCAUCGUUGGCUUAAUUAUUCUUUAUAAUAAUUAGUAGGAGGCCACGGCUAUCUGAUUCGUCUCCGCUUCACUGAUCGGCAAGAAGCUCACUCGUUUCUGCAACAAAAAAUAGCAAAUGUAUACACAAAGUUAAGGGACAAGAUAUUCCAUAAAUUGAGGAAAGGCAAGUGGAAGGAAUACUUUUUGACUAAUAUGUGUAGCCGUCAAAAGAGACGAGAAAGUAAUCCCUUUCAUUUCUCCAAUGGCAACUAAAGGGGAACGUGAAGAUGAUGAGACAAAGUCAGGCGGAGAAGGUUGACUAUGUCCACAACACGACUUGGCUUGGCUUAUUAAUUGGGCGACGUGGGGGUUCACAGGCGACAAAUGCAUAUGCAUGGAGAGAUAAUAAUAAUAAUAAUAAUAAUAAUAAUAAUAAUAAUAAUAAUAAAAAUAAUAAUAAUAAUAAUAAUAAUAAUAAUAAUAAAUUAAGCACCCCCUCCUACAGAACAUGUUAAGAAAUGAUUUGUUAAGUCGCUGUUUCUCUUGAAACCUCAUUUUCCUCUAAAGAGUAACCAUUUUCCAAACCAAACAUUUGACAUUACUUCCGUCAACAACCCAUCUUCGUUUUUCGACGUCAUGAUUCCCUCAUUUCCGCAAUCAAAGCAAGGAAAGUUUUUCUUUUAACAAACAAAAAAUGAAGGCCAUAAAAUCACCUUCGUGUUACAUGUAAAGGGAACAAGGUUAGUUACAUUUUUACUGAGGAUUUUUUUUUCUUCAUAUUUAUUGUUAUUUUGCAAAACUUAUUUACUCAUCUCCAAUAAAAAUAUUUCCCAAAACAAUGUGUCGUUGAACAUUUUUUUUUAUAAACGAAUAGAAACACCUAGUGCGCGAAUUAGGCAAAACGAACCCAGUUAUCACUCAGCUUGACAAGAUACACAGCCUCAUAAAAGUUGAACACAAACGUCUUCAAUUGAUAGUGAAUUUUUGCAAUCGAGCCAGCCCAGUUGAGACUCUUGAUCCAAACUAUCCCAAUAGUUUGGAGAAUAUUGCCUAUGAUUUGGCUAUAAAACACUACGGGGUCGUUUGGAGAACAAGAUUUGGAUCGUGGAUUUAUUGAAUCCAUAGAUUUAGAAAAAUGUUAUGUUUUUUUGUUACUUUUUGUAUCGUGGAUUGUAACUUCAGAGAUUUUAAAUCUAUAAAAUCUAGAGAUAUCA